AUGCUCACGGUUUAUAAGGCUCCUCGCGGCGAGGAUAGUAGCAGUAGUAGCAGUGAUGAAUCCAGCGCCAGCAGAAAGGUUAUCCCUGCAGGAAGGCCCUACGUGACGAAAGUGAAUGGAAAGUUGGUUAUGGCAAGAGAGAAGAGAGAGAGAACAGCCGACAUCGCACUAGAUCUUCUAGGAGAAGCUUUUGGUCCAAGGACUCGAAUCAUUAGGAGACGAGCUCGGUCUGUGGAGCGUGGGAAAGGUCCAAUACUCAUCAACGGAGUUCCAUACGUCCCACAACUCCCGCCUCCACCCAACUAUACGGCACCAAUCCCACAACAAGGCUUCGUCCCGAUGACUCCAAUGCAGCCAUAUAAUCCUGCCCAAUACAACCCGCCAUACCCUCUUCCAUACUAUCCUGGACAAGGUCAGGCUUUUCUCAUGCCUCCAGAACAGCAAAAGCCACAACAACGACCAAACACCAAGGCUACCGAGGCUGAAUUAGCUCAACUUGUCAGAAUGGACACUCACUUCAACAAGGGCUCGCCCGAUAAAGCUAAAGAAAACGAAAAGGUGGUAGCAACAAAGACAACGAUCACGAUUGUCAAGCAUGUGUGCGCCAACUGUGGUAGGCUACGGUCUCGAAAAUAUCAUCAGGAGCAUCCGAUCAGAGAUGGGGAAACUCCGCCUGCUGAGUUCUGCAGAAAGUGUCAGAGGGACGUCAGCUCUACCAGUGAAUCCAGCGCCACUGAGCGAGAAGAGCGUAGGAAGGAGAAGCGGGCUAAGAAAAAGAAGAACGUGAGCUCUAAGAAGAAAAAGAAGGUAGUGGUGGAGAGCUCCAGUGAAGCAGAGUCUCCUAAAUCGAAGGCUGGCAAGCAACAAAGCAGGCCAAAACCUGCAAAGAAGGCGAGCCAUUCAUGGCCUUUAGAGGUUUCAUUACUAACGUUACCACAGACUGAAGGCAUACCUUUUGAUCCAAAGGAAGAUUACAUCGUAGUCGAAGAGGAGAUAUCCGACGAUGACCGAUGGCUAAGAGGACGUAAACGAGAAAAGAUUCUGGUAGAAGAGUAUGACGGUCCGAGCCGCCCACCCUCGUCUCUAGAUUCACGAGCUUUUCCCCGCAGAGCACACUCAGCAGCCGAGAGACAAGAUCGAUAUCAGAAUGCCAAAAAGCCUGGACGACGUCCGAAAGUGCAGCCCACCGAGCAGCCCCGACGCAGAUCCCCAUCUAGGGAAUACACACGAGCCGAAUUUGCUUCUAGCCACCACGAUCGGGAAUUUGAGAAAGUAGUAUAUCCAAAGAAUAUACCAGUCCACUUCGUGGAAGAGGUCAAGUACGACGAACCUGUGGAAGUAUCUGAGGGAUAUCAUCGGGCACAUGAGGAUGAUAUUCUGUACAGGACAAUCCCAGCCCAUGUUGUGGAGGAAGUUCUUGAGAAGAGACCGGCUGGAGUAUCAAGACAAGGUCCCAGAGAUCAUCCCCAAAGCAGGAAUCCACGUGCUCAUGAAUACAUAGUCGAGGAAGCUGAGAGUGUUGGCAGACCCAACCCAAGUCUUGAACCCGCUUUCCAUGAGCGUUCGACGUCUAUCCGCGAGCCCACUAAUCGGGAGCAUACCUUCCGUGAUCAGAGUUCAAAUGGAUCUCACUCUUCGGAAGCUAGGCGUCGUCGCCGAAGAGAACGUGCUGCACCUUGGGAGGCUCCUCAUGUCAUCAAUCCACAGAUUGAUAGUGAAGUAGUUGUGGUAACCGAGCGGUAUGAAUACAGAAGACCUCGGAAUGACGAGGAGAAUCGUCGACGACAAGAACGAGUCGACAGGACGACUCUCGAAGCACGAGACCAGGCUCAAGGCUUUUCACAUGAAGAUGCGGCGAGGUACUUUGUCGACGACUGGGACCGAGCAGAAGCACCGCAACCGCAGACCACAGUCGAACAUCCGAGACGAUCAUAUCGCAGGGACACACUCCGCCAGCCAAGUUUGAGUAGUGCGGAAAGCUAUGAAUACACAAUCAGCAGAGUGGGAAACGAACUUCCUCGAGUUCCAACUCCCCCAUCACCACUCAAAACUGGCUCCAGAGAUGAUCACUGGGAUAAUCAGCCUCCGUAUCCAACAGCCUCUGAGUUUGAGGCCCUACAAUCAAGAGAUGAGUGGGAGGGGAGGAGAGGAGCUUCGGAAUCAAACCAUCGUUGUCCACAGAGGCGUGAACGAAGCUUUUCCAGUCCUCGCACUGGAUACGUGCGAGAAGUCGAGGAGGAAAGAACAGGAUCCGCAAGAAUGCCAUCACCCACGCGUUCAGGAGAGCGUAUUGUAGAAUUAUCUGAAGAUGAAAUGGAUGAAAGAGAAAGAAUGGCAGAGCUGGGAGCCAGACAUGUUACAUUCCGGGAAACCCCAUCGCUAAGAUCAGCGAAGUGGCCCCAGAGUGACGAGGAAAGCCCAGCGAGGAAAAAAAGCGGAGAUAGCAGUGGAUAG